CUGAUGAAGUAAACGAGGCAGCAGAGAGCUACUCCAUUCCCGUGGAAACCAGGACUCCCUUGGUGCAGACAGCUCUGCCUACUUUCCAUGCAGUUCUUUUGUACGACUUUGAGGGGCUCGUGAAUGAUUUCUAAAUGCGUGCCUGCUGAGGCGAGCCGCACAGGGAGGGAGGACCCAGCCGAGCCGUGCCGGAGGAAGCCAACAGGAUCCUAGCAGUGCGGGAGCUGGCUCAGCCCUUGCAUGCAGUUUUUGAAGUCAGCAAAACAGAAAGCAAAUUACUAUCAUAUUAUGCUGGUGGAAGAUCAAGAAGCGGGGACUCUACGCCAGUUUAAUUACUGCGAGAGAGGCAGCGAGUCACAGAAUAACAAAUGUGUCUCAUGUGUGGACCCUGAAGACAAAUGAACCGAAAUUCCUGACAGCAGCUGUGGCAAUUCAGCCUAAGAAUGGCUGAGAACUGUAACCCAAAGUACAUCCAAUUACUAUGGGAUUAACACUGGAGAUAUUUUUAAUUGACUUUCUUGAUGUAGAAUGCAUACAUCCCCGCUGUUUCUGAUUGCAUGCAAUUUUAAUGAUACUGUGGCUAAACUAAUACUAUCGGCAUAACCAACAAAAUGAGAUCUAGUUAAACAAGAUUCCCAGUAGUGACAAAACUUUUCUUCUUUGUCCAGGACAUUUGUCUCCCUGAAGGCAAAAAAAAAAAAAAAAAAAAAAAAAACCCUGCAACCUCUGUGCUAAAAGUUCAUUCUGCUUUUUUGUCCUCGCUUUGGUGGGAAAAUAAUAAAACCACACAGUGGACUCUCCUAAAAUUGUGAAUGAAGAAAACUUAGAGCCACCACAGUUCAGUUCUUUAAGUAUCAUUGUAAUAAUGGGAGACAAAACUCCAGCGCAGGGAGACCAGCAUAUACACCAGCCUCAGUGUUACAGAGCGUGGGGACACCAAGGUGAAUGGUGAGCAGAGGCUGUAAUGUGUUAGUCCUUCCACACCUCAUCUGCUACAAGUUCUGGCUUAGACAUGGAUAUUCCUUGUGAAGAAAAUACUUCUUUGAGCUCGGCUAUGAACUCCUUAAUGCAACUAAAUGACGACACCAGGCUCUACAGUAAUGACUUUAACUCCGGAGAAGCUAACACUUCGGAUGCAUUUAACUGGACAGUCGACUCUGAAAAUCGAACCAACCUUUCCUGUGAAGGGUGCCUCUCGCCAUCGUGUCUCUCCUUACUUCAUCUCCAGGAAAAAAACUGGUCUGCUUUAUUGACAGCUGUAGUGAUUAUUCUAACCAUUGCUGGAAACAUACUCGUCAUCAUGGCAGUGUCCCUAGAGAAGAAGCUGCAGAAUGCCACCAACUAUUUCCUGAUGUCACUUGCCAUAGCUGAUAUGCUGCUGGGUUUCCUUGUCAUGCCCGUGUCCAUGUUAACCAUCCUGUAUGGGUACCGGUGGCCUCUGCCCAGCAAGCUUUGCGCAGUCUGGAUUUACCUGGAUGUGCUCUUCUCCACGGCCUCCAUCAUGCACCUCUGCGCCAUCUCACUGGACCGCUACGUCGCCAUCCAGAAUCCCAUCCACCACAGCCGCUUCAACUCCAGAACUAAGGCAUUUCUGAAAAUCAUUGCUGUUUGGACCAUCUCAGUAGGUAUAUCCAUGCCAAUACCAGUCUUUGGGCUACAGGACGAUUCCAAGGUCUUUAAGGAGGGGAGUUGCUUACUCGCAGACGAUAACUUUGUCCUGAUCGGCUCUUUUGUGUCAUUUUUCAUUCCCUUAACCAUCAUGGUGAUCACCUACUUUCUAACCAUCAAGUCACUCCAGAAAGAAGCUACUUUGUGUGUAAGUGAUCUUGGCACACGGGCCAAAUUAGCUUCUUUCAGCUUCCUCCCUCAGAGUUCCUUGUCUUCGGAAAAGCUCUUCCAGCGGUCGAUCCACAGGGAGCCAGGGUCCUACACGGGCAGGAGGACUAUGCAGUCCAUCAGCAAUGAGCAAAAGGCAUGCAAGGUGCUGGGCAUCGUCUUCUUCCUGUUUGUGGUGAUGUGGUGCCCUUUCUUCAUCACCAACAUCAUGGCCGUCAUCUGCAAAGAGUCCUGCAACGAAGAUGUCAUCGGAGCCCUGCUCAAUGUUUUUGUUUGGAUCGGUUAUCUCUCUUCAGCAGUCAAUCCGCUGGUGUACACACUGUUCAACAAGACCUAUCGGUCAGCCUUUUCACGGUAUAUUCAGUGUCAGUACAAGGAAAACAAAAAACCAUUGCAGUUAAUUUUAGUGAACACUAUACCGGCUUUGGCCUACAAGUCGAGCCAACUCCAAAUGGGACAAAAAAAGAAUUCAAAGAAAGAUGCCAAGACAACAGAGAAUGACUGCUCAAUGGUGGCUCUAGGAAAGCAGCAUUCUGAAGAUGCUUCUAAAGACAAUACCGACGCUGUAAAUGAAAAGGUGAGCUGUGUGUGAUAAGCUAGUUGCCAUGGCAACUGUGGAAGGAACACUGAGCAAGUUUUCACCUAUCCGGAAAAAAAAAAAAAAAAAAAGAGACUGGAAAAUAUUAGACCAGUCUAGUGAAACCAACGAUCAUAUCUGUGCGCCUCAUUUUAUUCUGUCAAUGAAAAGCUGGGUUCAAUGCUACAAAUGUGCACUUGGAAAAUGUUCUGACAGCAUUUCAGCUGUGAGCUUUCUGAUACUUAUUUUUAACAUUGUAAAUGAUAUGUCUUUCAAAUGAUUCACUUUUAUUGUAUAAUUAUGAAACCCUAAGUAAUCUAAAUUAACUUCUAUUUUCAAAUGGAAACCUUGCUGCUAUGCUGUUCAUUGAUGGCAUGGAAUUGAGGUGGUUACCUAUUGCUGUAAAUAAAAAUAGCUAUGAAUAGUGAAAAUUUUAUUGAAUAUAAUGACCUCUUAAAGAAAAAUUCUCUUUAAAACUUACUAUGGUAUAUAUUUUGAAAGGAGGAAAAAGACACUAAGAUCAGUGUUACAAAAUCUGUAUUGCUAAGAUAAUUAAAUGAAAUACUUGACAACAUAUUUCAUUCUUGCUUUUUCAUAGAUACCAUUUUGAAAUAUUCACAAGGUUGCUGGUAUUUGCUGCAUUUCAAGUUAAUUCUCAAAAGUGAAAAAAAAGAUUUCAAAUGUUAUUCUGUAACUAUUGCUGCUUUCUCUUCUACUUCUUGUGCUUUACUCUGAAUUUCCGAUGUGGUCUUGUUUAAUAUUUGUUCUUCUAGGUAAACUAGCAAAAGGAUGAUUUAAUAUUACCAAAUACGUUUCUAGCAAUUGCUCCUCUAAAACAGCACCAUAGAAGUAUUUGGUAACUUGCUGUGAAAUGACUGCAUCAUGCAUGCACUCUUUUGAGCAGUAAACAGUAUAUUGAUGUAUCUGUGUCAGGAUUGAGGAUGAACUUAGGUUUCUGGCUACUGACAGUAGUGGAGUCUUAGGACAUCUCCGUAAAAAGCAGGUGACUUUCCUAUGACAUUCAUCAGGUAAAUUGAUGCUUUCUAAUCAAUCAGUUUAUAUUAUUUAUUAAAACCAUUCGGCUUGGUUCCGCCCUCAUCAACUGAGUGUAUAUUUAUGUGUGAAGCAAAUUUCUAGAUGUGAGAAAUACAAUUAAAACAAAAUCCUUACCUUUAAAGAAAGUGGCUCGGCCAGGCACGGUGGCUCAUGCAUGUAAUUCUGGCACUUUGGGAGGCUGAGACGGGAGGACCACUUGAGCCCAGGAGACCAAUCUGGGCAACAAAGUGAGACCCCCGUCCCCGUCUCUGCAAAAAAUUUAAAAAUUAGCUGAUCAUGGUGGCACAUACCUGUGGUCCCAGCUCCACAGGAGGCUGAGACAUAAGGAUCACUUGAGCCCAGGAGGUCAAGGCUGCAGUGAGCCAAAGGUCACACAACUGCAUUUCACACACACACAAAAAGACCGAACUGAAAUGGUCCUAGUAACAAAAUAUGAACAGACUUAUUUUGAGAAAACUUUCAAUUUAUUUCCUUCUUACCUGAUUCAGAAACAAGUUUGUUUCAACUGUGAGAGUAGCUUUCAAAAAUAAGUUUUUCUGACUGGUUACCAAUAAACGCCAAACAAACAAAGGUGGGGGAAAUACCUCUGAGGCUUAACAUUGCAAUUACUUUAGAAAUAUGCACCUCAAUCUCGACCCAGCUUACAACUACCAUAGUUUUGAGCAAAGUUUUUCUUUUAUUUCUCCAAAAACUCACUCAUUUCAGUACUACUCCUUGGCACCGGGCUUCCCAAUAGAAAAGCAGACAUUAUAAUAUUUUGUAGAAAUGGUUGCUAAAGAGCAAAAGAGAUCAAGAACUGUUAAUCUACCUUGAUUUUAUAACACUCAAGGUUAAAUUGCACGUUGUUACUGGAAUCACUGUUAGAUAUAUGAUUACAAUGCUGAAGCAUUUCUAUUGAAUGAGAAAUCAUUUUUGCCCUAAAACUUGGGGGAAAAAACACAGAUUUGAAAACUAAAGAAUGUGGGAAGUGUCCUUGUGUAAUUUGGAAAUGCAUAAAAUUCUAAUUAUGUCCUCUUAGAUAUGUUGAAAAAUGGGUUCACUAUUUCAAAGCUAGAAUGUAUAAUAUGCUGCUAGUGCCAAGGCUGCAACUGAACUGAACUUUUCCUUAUGAUGAUGCCACGCUAGCUGAUGAAAAUAUAGAUGUUAAAACGUCUCUGCUCUAAUGUAUGUUGCCUUCACUUAUAACUCUGCACAUUUCAUUAUAUAGUAGGGAAAAGAUUACAGAUUCUACCCCCAUGUACUCAAUCUUGAUCAGAAUGAACAUUCAUGAUGCCUGACAGAUGUCUUUUGACUACCUAUAUAUUACAAAUGUAUACGUGUUUUUUUCUUCCAUAAGUAUUCAAGUGUAUACUGUAUAGGCAAAUGUGUAGCUGUAUAUAUGUACAGACAUGUUCUCAAGCACUUUAUUCAAUAUUUAUAUAUUUAUAUGGAGGAAAAGCAAGUCAAUGAAAACACUCAGUAUAUACACAUGUGUGCAUGUUUGUAUCAUGUUUAUUUAAAUGUGAAUUCAUGUUCUAAUAUUUCUAUGACCUUCCAUUGCUGUCAAAGCAGAUUAAAGUUUAACAAAAAUAUCAGCUGUUUAAAUAAACUGGAAGUUAAUCUAAUUUUGUGGAAGAACUUUAAGAUAAAUCUAUGAGAGUGGCAAAAACAAUGGUCCACAUAUAUAGUUUCUUGAUCCUAAAUAAAAUGGUACCUUUGGGCCCUUUGGCGAUUUUGACUACUAUGGCUUUUUAAACAGAUUCACACCUGAGUGAAACACAGUUGUCAAAUGAUUUAUGGAUCGGUGAUUAAAGGAUUCACUUUUAAUCGACACUAUUAUAACGGAGUAACAAACCUUGCUCUACUUUAAGUUGAACGAUAGAUUUCUCUAUAUUCAAAAAAGGCAAUUAACUACUGUAGUUAGGGAAAACUCAGUUUAAAGCAUACUUCAUCUACUUGGCCACAGCGCCAUCUCAUGCUAAUUUUUUAAAGUGCUACCGUAGCCAAAUUGAACGAAGUUACUGUACUGCUUUUAGCAAAGGGUGCUUCUCACGUUUGUGCAUCAAUGAGACAUAUUUAUAAAGUGCUAAAUUAUUCUGUGCCAUAUGUAACAAAUACAGUGAAGAUUAUUUUAUGAACUUAUUUUAAUCAAGGUGAUUAUAAAAGUUUUCAAGAAAGAAGAAAUAACUGUAAAUAAAGUAUACUCCAAAAUGAA